AUGAAUUAUAGUUACUUUACACAGUUUCAAAAGCAUAAAUUUAUAAAUUCUAUUAAUGUUUUAAAUAAGUCAAUAAAUUCUAAAAUACCAGAAAAAUCAAAAGCUGUAUUUCCUGAACGAUGGGCAAAAUAUUGGAAAACUCUUUAUACAGAUUAUAAAGAUGCAGCAUUAGGUGCUUAUGAACACUCUAAGAAACAUCCUAUAAGAACAUCUAUAUAUUUUUCUCUUUUAGCAUCUUAUGUAUAUCUGAACAAACAUAAUCCAGAUGAAUGUUCCUUCAAAGAAGAGUUACUACAAAAUACCAUGAAAAUAAUGCAAGUGGGAGAAGCUAUACGUAAUCCAAUAUCUGAAAAUUAUGUAAAAUGGUUAGGACAAUGUUAUAAUGAAGGAAUCAUACGACGAAUGAAUUUAGGUAUAAUUUCUCUAAUUUGGUUAGAUGAUUAUGAUAAAAUGUGUUCUCUCUAUAAAUCUGUUUGUCCUUAUUUAAAAGUACGGUAUUUAACAUUUUAUCAAAGAGUGGUAGAUUUUGGAUUUUUAGAUAAAUGGUGGAUCUUAGAAAGUAAAAUGAAAGAUUAUGAUAUAAAUGAAAUAGAAUUUAGUAAUGUAAAACAUGAAGAAAAUAGUUAA